CCCGUCCCACACCCAUGUGAGGCACCAAUAACAUGGGCUAAAUUACCAGCACCUAUUUGCUGCGUCCCCUGCCUGAGCCUGAACUCCCCUGUUUACGUCCCUGACCUAACAUCCCACUCUCCCACAGCCAUGAUCCCAAAUCCGGCACUUUGAAAACCCUCAUCCCACUUUUCUCACAAGAUUGUGAGGUUUCACCCCUGGAUUGGAUGGGGACGACAAAGAGGAACAUCAUUUCCUGAGUGGAAUUUAACAUCAACUGGGUGAAACCAGCAAAAUAAGAUUACACAAGCAAAAUCAAAGGACAUUCAGCUGAAGAACCACCAGAACUACACCAUGGCUCAGGCAACUAAAGGUCCAGUGAAGUCCAUCCCUCCCACUGCUGUAGAUGCUCCGGCUAGUGCUGUGCAUUCAGUCUCUCAUAUGGCUGGGACCCAUGGAUUUUUACGAAUCAUGAAUCGCCCGGCACAAUGGGUGGUCAUCAUCACACUUCUGAUCUCUUGGUCAAUAGCAGGUGUUGUCAUGUUCGACUUUGUCAGUGACGAUCAGAUUGCAAGCAUCCAGGAUUUUGGUUCUGACCCAGUGCUAGCAGUGAACAAGGCCAUUGAAGGGAUUGAAAACAAGAUAAACCACAUGAACAAUAUGUUUAAUGAUGCUCAUGAGUACAUCACUGAAAUAAUAUUUAAUCCGAGGGAAGCUAUUAAUUUAGCAGCAGAUUCAUCUGUGUCUUAUCUGACAGGAAUAUUUAGUGCUGAUGGAGAUACAGGAAUCACUGAAACAGUGAAAUAUGGUGGCACUGUGUUGGAUGAGGUUACAGAAUGGAUCAGAUCCCCAGUGGGCUACUUAUUCCACUUAUUUGAAGAUAUCCUGGAUAUAGUGAUUACUCCAGUGGAUAUGGUCAGCGAAGCUGUUGUGCAAAUUUUAAGCGGGAUCAAGACUGUUAUACAAUAUUUUUCAACCAUGUUCGGGGGCAUUGGAGGGGAUACAGGCAUCACUGAAACAGUGAAACUUGGUGGCACUGUAUUGGAUGAGGUUACAGAAUGGAUCAGAUCCCCAGUGGGCUACUUAUUCCUCUUAUUUGAAGACAUCCUGGAUGUAGUGAUCAUUUAUCCAGCAGACAUGGCAAGUGAAGCAGGUCUGCAAAUUUUAAGUUGGAUCAAGACCAUUUCUUCAACCAUAUUCGGGUACCUUGAAGCUUGGUUUCCCAAAAUGAGCACUGAUCCCACGGAACUGGCUGAAAUUGUUGUAGAGGAGGUCACAGACGUAAAGACCACUGUCUCUAAUUACCUUUCCAGUCUAUUUGCAGGGGAUGAAGGUGGUAUUUCUGACAUUAGCUUUGAUCCCAUGAAAGUUGUCACAGACACUGUUGAGGAGUUUGCUGACAGGAGGGAUAUGUUCUUGGCCUACCUCUCAAACAUGCUCAUGGAAGACAAAGAAGACACACCACAAGUAAUAAGACGAAAAGGAGAAUUUCUGCCACCUAUGGAAAAAGUUGCAGAAAUACUAGGCAAAAAACAGGACCCUACCUAUGCUGCCACCAUUGCUGUGAGAUCCACAGUGAAGGAGACUGACAGCAAUAAACCGGAAAUAAAAGAGGUUAAGGAGGAACUUGAUGAGGUCGAAGCUGCUGAGGAGGAGGAUGAAACGGCUGAAGACAACACAGAUAUCACAGUUGAAGACACGGAAAUGUCCUCCGAUAUCAUGGAGGAGGGAAAAACUACUGGAACAGUUGAAGAUAUUGCAGAUGUUACAGACGAGAAACCUUAUAUGCCAGAAGUUAUAGAUGAGGAAACCGCAAUUGAAGAUAUUGCAGUAGAUGAAUCAACUGAAAUUACCUCUGAUGCUACAGAUGUGAAAGACAUCAACAAUAGCUCAGAUGUUGUUACAGAGGAGGAGGAAGUAACUGAAACUAUUGAAGAUAUUGUAGAUGUUACAGAGGUGGAGCCUUCUGAUAUGACAGAUGUCUUAGAUGUGGAAAUGGCAACUCAAAAGUUAGAAGAUAUCUCUGAUUUUGCAGAGGAUGAAUCAACUGAAAUAACCUCUGAUGCCACAGAUGUGAAAGACAUCAAUGAUAGCUCAGAUGUUGUUACAGAGGAGGAGCCUUCUGAUAUGACAGAUGUCUUAGAUGAGGAAAUGGCAACUCAGAAGUUAGAAGAUAUCUCUGAUUUUGCAGAGGAUGAAUCAACUGAAAUAACCUCUGAUGCCACAGAUGUGAAAGACAUCAAUGAUAGCUCAGAUGUUGUUACAGAGGAGGAGCCUUCUGAUAUGACAGAUGUCUUAGAUGAGGAAAUGGCAACUCAAAAGUUAGAAGAUAUCUCUGAUUUUGCAGAGGAUGAAUCAACUGAAAUAACCUCUGAUGCCACAGAUGUGACGGAAGACAUUGAUGUUUCCUCAGAUGAUGCAGUUACAGAGGAGGAAGAAACAACUGAAGAACCAGCAAUCAAAACAGCGGAAGAUAGUUCCGAUGUUACAACCAAAAUUGAAUCAGAUAAUACAGAUGAAAAGGAAGUUGAAGAUGUCCCCAGUGUUACAGAGGAGGAUGAAGAAUCUGAAACAGAUGAAGAAAGCAUCAUAACAGAUGAAACAGCUGAAAUUGCACAAGAAGAUGAAGAUCAACCACCUAAAUUGGGUGAAGCUACUCCAGAUACCAUCUGUGUGAAGGAAAAAGAGGAAGCAGCAGAACUUGAUGAUUAUGACCUAGUCAAUGGUAAGGAUGGUUUAGAAGUAGAAGCCAAGGAGGAGAAGGAAGACGUUGCAAUUGCUGAUCAUGAAAAGAGCACAAAGGACCUGGAGAGUGAGGUAGAUGAAGAUGAGGUUGAGGUUUUAAAGGAGGAGAUUGAAGAGUCUGAUCAAACUAUCCUGGUAACCACUGCUGGUGAAGAUGACCAUGAUGAAAAAGAGGAGCUUGUUCUUCUUACUGUCCAACAUGACAAAGAUGAUGAAAAUAACAAUAACAACGACAGGAAGAGAGAUGCCAUAAAAAGAGGCCUGAGCAGGAGAAAAAAAUCCGAUAGUCAUUCCAUUGAAACAGACGACCAAGAAGCGCACAAGGAUCUUCAUGAAGAGUCUGACAAAGUAUCUUACAAUUUUGACUGGGAAGAACAACAAAUUGAUGGAUGAAGAUGAAGUUUCAUUCACUGUUGCUUUUACUUCACCUCUGCUUCUGGAAAGAUACUUAAAAGAGGAGCAAAACACAGCUGGAUUCUCUAAUGGGCUCUGCUGUUGUAAAUGGUUGCUUAUAGAUUAGUUUUAUUGGCCAUUUUUUUCUGUUCUUUUUUUUUUUGAUUGAAUACAUUUUUUGUGUAAUUUAGAAUGACUUUAAUUUCUCAAAUCAAAUCAUUAGGGAAGAAAAUAUUUGUAAAGAAUUACAGAGUCUUGUUUAUUAAGUAUUGUGUAGUAUCUGGUAGUCUUUAUGUGUUAACGUUGAUGGCAGAAAAAUGCAACUAUAACUCAAAAAAGCUGCAUAUAAUUAUUGUGAAACCGUUUAUUUUGCUUACCUAAAUGGCUCCAUUAAGACAAUUAAUGAUUUAAUUCAUCCAUUAUACAUUAUUAAUUUCAUUUUGACAUCUAACACAAUGACAUGGCUGACAACCUGCUUAGUAGUACUAUUAAUGUUAACACACUUAUAGUGCACUAAUUCCCAUUGUUAAUCAUUAAUCAUAUGGAUGUUAAAAACAUGU